AUGACAUUGAGAAACAACCCUACUUAUUAUCUAAUUAAUGCGAACAAACUUCUCCUCAGGCUAUUCUCGGAGGUUCAAUCCACAACAAAUGACCAUCUGUCCCCCACAUCUUCCCCUCCCGCAUCUGUUCCCCACCCUCCCUCCCGCAUCGCUUCCUCCGCGCCCGCCGCCAUCUCCUCCCGCCGGCCCGGUGGAGGGGCGGUGCGCCGCGAUCUUGCUGGCGGCCCGCCCCGGCCGUCGACACCAGGCGCGGGCCGAAGUUGCGCCGCCCACCCUUCGUUGCCGCAGCAGGCCCAGGCACCCCGCUGCCCGUCUCCAAGCGCCCUUGGCCUCCCGCUCCACUCCGCCCACCUGCCCUCCGCCGGGGGCGGCCGCGCGUUUCGCGAGGUGAAUGCAGGGGUCGGGACAGGCGCAGCGGGCGCGGUAGGAGCGGUUGGGGGGGGGCCGUCGGCGACUAGCGUGCUCGAGCUGCUUGAGUGCCCUGUCUGCACCUGCUCCAUGUUCCCGCCCAUCCAUCAGAUGGGCUAUGCAAAAUUGAUGGCUUCUAAUGCCAGCACAUUGAAUAACCAGAUUUCCAGCCAAGCAUGCAAAAACUUCUUUAUCAUGUACCCCUCUCCUAUCUGGAUCUCAAGCAAACCAUGGAUGUAAGGAUGUAUCAUUCUGUGCAUUGUUUCUAGGAGCAGCCCUGUGCUCUGCUGUGGUUCCGCUUGAUUUAAUUCAAUCUAGUUCAAUCGGCUGUCACUAUCUUCUGCCUGUGCCGCUCGGUUUUUAGCCACUGCCUUUGGGUUACUGCAGCUCUGCAACAAUGAUUUGGUUCUGUUCUGCUGUCA